UUAGACCUCGGCAGCAGAGACCGCAGAACCGAACAUCGCAAGUCCCAAACCCUCCCCCGAUCUCCGCCGCUCCAAAAUGUGGCGCCGCCAGCUCUUCCGCCGCCUAUUCCCAUCUCCGGCCACCGGUGGCACCGCCGCGCCCCCUUCGCCUUUCCUGCGCCACCUAUCUACCUCAAGCACCCCGACCCCGGCCGCCUCCCUCGCCUCCUCCCUUGCGUCGGCGCUCACCGCGCUCUCCACGACCCCGCCGCCCGCCACCACCCCGGACGCCUACUUCUCGCUCCACUUCUCCGACGUGCGCCCCACCAACGCGCUCCUCGCCGAGGCGCUUGCGCUCUCCCCGCCCGCCACCUCCCGCGCCGCUGCCGAGCUCUUCCGCUUCCUCGUCCGCCGCCGCUCGCUCCACCCCUCCGACGGCGCGCUCGCGCCCGUCGUUCGCCACCUCGCUCGCCGCCGUGACUUCCCCGCCGUGCGCGCGCUCAUCCAGGAGUUCCCCACCGCUCUCGGGCCCGCCACGCUCGACGCCUAUCUUCAGCAGCUCGCCAGAGCCGGGCGACCGACGGACGCUGUAAAGGUGUUCGACGAAUUGCCGGAGCAACUCCGUAACCGCGAGGCUCUUACUUUGCUGGUCUCCGCCCUUUCUGCCGAGGGAUUCCCCUCGCACGCAGAGCGUGCUGCCAAGAAGGUCGCCAAUGAGAUCUUCCCGGAUGACAAUAUCUGCACUUUGUUGGUAUCUGGCUAUGCCAAUGCUGGUAAGCUCGACCAUGCACUCAGGUUGAUUGGUGAGACACGUAGGGGUGGGUUCCAGCCAGGAUUGGAUGCAUACAAUGCUGUUCUUGAUUGUGUGUGCCGGCUCUGUCGCAAGAAGGACCCACUGAGGAUGCCUAUGGAAGCUGAGAAGUUCUUAGUUGACAUGGAAGCCAAUGGCAUUCCCCGUGAUGCAGGGACAUUUCGGGUACUGAUCACAAAUUUCUGCAAGAUCCGUAAGACAGAGGAUGCCAUGAAUCUGUUCCGUUGUAUGGGUGAGUGGGGCUGCUCACCAGAUGCUGACACAUACUUGGUGCUCAUCAGGAGCUUGUACCAAGCUGCCCGGACUUCAGAGGGUGAUGAGAUGAUGACAUGGAUGCGGUCUGCAGGAUUUGGAGAUAAACUUGAUAGGAAGGCAUACUAUGGAUUCAUCAAGAUUUUAUGUGGGAUUGAUAGGGUUGAGCAUGCUCUCAAGGUAUUCCGUAUGAUGAAAGGUUAUGGCCAUGCUCCUGGAGUAAAAUCAUAUAGCUUGCUCAUUGAGAAGCUGGCUAGGCACAAUUUAGGGGAUCGUUCCAGUGCACUGUACAGGGAGGCAGUUGCACGUGGUGUACCUGUGGCUCAAGGAGAGUAUAGUAUUGACAAAAGGUAUGUCAAAGCAAAGAAGGAGAAGAAGGUGAAGAAGAGGCUGACUUUGCCGGAGAAGAUGAGAUUGAAGAGCAAGAGGUUAUACAAGCUCAGAAUGAGCUUUGUCAAGAAGCCCAAGCGUCGAAUGGUCCGCGUUUAAGCAUAAUUUUUGUUUCGUUGGAGCGGAUGAUCACGGGAAUGGACACCACCAGAUCCAGUUAUAACUUGGAAGAUCAGAAAAUUGUUGUCCCUGAAUUGUGGCUAUGCAACAUCAUUUUUCAAAGGCGAGGGCUCUGUAUGGUUUCACUUUUUUUUUGGUUGAUGGGCUGGUGACUCCGGUAUGUUUGAUGCAAUAGCACCAAUAAUGUAUCAUUUCACUUAAUUUGAUUUACACUUCUGGUGAUGUUCUGUACACCCUAGUUUUUCAUAGAAAGCAUUGGAAGUCUGCCACAGCUCGUCCAAAACUAACUGGACCACCUCUUGCUGAAGAAGUUUGCUGUUUCCCGGUUUCCCCCA